AUGGUUCCAACCGUCCUGUCUGCCCCAACACGAUCCUUAGGGAAUGCUCAAUUCUUUUCUCGCAGCCGUUCUCCAUUUGACUUAGACGAAACUCUAAAGUCGGUAGAUCUUCCUAAGGUCAGUGGCUCUUCUGGAGCUAGGGAAGCCGCUCAACCUGAGAGUGACAGCGGUUAUCUGCCCGAGUUCGACCAGUUGGUCGCAGAUAGUCCUAUAAUCAAUUAUCAGGAGCAGUUGUUCGAUUGUGACAUUGCAUGGGGUAUCUCUUGGUUGAGAUUCGGGGGUACUUCCCAUCCUGAUCUCAUCCAAAUCGAUGGCAUAGACCCCAAUUAG